GUGAGCCUGGCCCCCGCCCACUUAGAACAGGUAGCGGAUACUUUAUUCUGUAUGACAUUGAUGUGUUGAAGACCUGAGCCACAAGUCCCUUUUGUCGUCUUCUGGGGUAGGACAUUUGGCUCUGGCUGACAAGAAAAGUAUAGCACAUGAAGAGCUUUUUUAAGAUACCAUCACGCACGCAUUACAUCGCAGGAUGGAUAUUCCCCAUAUUGUUAUCCUGCAGAAGAAUCAUGUAUAUCUAAAGGAGAACCUUUAGGUCGACCCUGUGCUGGAUGCCUUGUACCAGGGCUGUGUCUUCACACAGGGAGACUAUGACAGGUGUAGACUAGCUGCACCAGAGAGACAAUGUGAACUGUUCCUUGAGAUUUUGAAGAAAAAAGGGGUUGAAGGCUACAGGACACUGUGUGCUGUCCUUGAUUCCACACAACAAUUUAUCAAGGAGAAACUUGAUGAAACCUCAACUGAAGAAGGUAAUUCAGAUCUUGUCUAUGUCAACAAGGAAAAGGUGGAAGCUCACCACAAAAAACAACUUGCUGAAAAAGAUGGGCAAAUAGCUGACAUGCACUCUGCAAUGGAAAGACUUGAGGAUCAAGUUAAACAAAAAGACACAGACUAUGCUGAACUGGAAGAACAACUUAUAAAAGAAAGAGGGGAUCUCACAACACAGAUAGAAAAGAAGAAUGAGGAAGUUGAAGCUGUGAAAACAAAUUUGUCAAAUGCAAAUGAUGAGUUGCUGCAGAUUCGGGCAAAAUGUGAAACAGUGGAGAAGAGACUACAAGAGGAAGAGGAGGCAUAUGAUGCUGUAUUGGGGGUUCCCAGGUCACAGUCCCCAGACGGGGUACAUGUAAGAGAGGAAGUCCAUCAAGCAGAUUCGACUGAGCGAAUGUGUCAGUUUUUAACGAAGUCCUGUUGUGAUGGGAGUCAGCUUUGCCUCCUUCCAUGCCUUCAUUCUGCCUGCAAGCCAUGCAUUGAUCACCAAGACACCCAAGCCAAGCAGAAUUGCAUACAGUGUCCCUCCUGUGGCCGUGAGUUCAACAUGGAGCAGACAGCAGUGGACCAUGUCGGACGCAAUGAAGCUGCCUAUACUGCCAACGUUGAUGGAGAGAAGAAAUGUAACUACAUCGAAGGAGAUCAUGAUGCAAAGGCUGUGAUGUUCUGCCACGAAUGUGAUGACCUACUCUGUUCCGACUGUCAUAAACUGCAUGACACACUAAAACGGAAUCGAACCCACAGAGGGAGUGAGAUCAACCAGGAGGAGAAUAUCCCUAUGAAGCAGUGGCUGAAAGAACCUAACUGCAGAGGCCAUCCUGACAAUAAGCUGCAGCUGUAUGACCACACAUGUAAGCAGGAUAUCUGCCUUGUUUGUGAUCGAGGGGCCCACAAGGGUCACGAGAAUGAAGACAUUAAUCCUGCCUAUGUGAAAGCAAAGGGUCAGCUUGAGGAGCAGGUGCAGCAGCAACGACUUAAACUGAAAGAUGUCAAAGACAGAAUGGGAACUGUCACCACUCACCAAACCGAACUUGGAAUUCAACAGGGAAAGCUGGAACAAGAUGCCACUACAGUCUUCAAAAGUGUUGCUGUACGGUUCCUUCACCGGCAGAGACAACUCAUGAAGGACAUUCAUGCGAGCCUUCAGGCCCCAAAUGAAAUGGUUAAAGAGAAGCUGGACACUUUACAUGACGUCCAUACUUCAAUAGUAUCAACGAUAGACUACACCCAGAGAACACUUGAAUCCACAAGACAGGAGGAGCUCAUUGCUCUCACUGCAGAAGCACUACAGAAGAAAUCUGAUGAAAAUCUGAAGAGGAAGCUUCCAGAAGAUGACACACAAGACACGAGAGUCCUUCUUACCUUUCAAGGACAGAAAGCCCUUAUGGAACUAAUCGACACAUUUGGUGGUCUUGCCUCAAGUCUCGACUUGGAUAAUAUUCCAGAUAAACAGCCUACUUUACAGGAUCUCCAUAAACAGAAUAAACAGCUGGCAUUAAAAGAAGAAGAAACCAGAGCGGUACAUGGAGGGCGGUGGCAUCGGCUUGGGGAGAUGAUCCGUCGCAUCACAGGUUCUGCUACAAGUGGAGAUGUAUCACAGGGACUCCAACCUGAACAGCUGACACCACAGGAUCUCCGACAUGAACAGCUGAGACCACAGGAACGCCGACCUCAACAGCUGACACCACAGGAAGUUUACGAAAUCACAUGUUUCAUACUCGGAGCAUCCUUCCUUUCUGAGUCGCCUUCACGUGGUUUAUUAUUGAGAGGGUACUCAGGUGCAAUUCACAUCAUCAACAAGAACAGAAGUGUCAUAUUCAUCACAUGUCCUAAACUCCAACUGGACGCUGCUCGAGCCAACACAGACUGCUGCCAUGUAACUACAGACGGUGAGCUGGUCAACUCGCGACCCGCCAUACGACACAAGGACAGUGGCAGGCUACAGGAAUAUAGGGGCACGUGUACCUCCACCCCCAUCCUACUUGAUCCACCCCCCUCUAGUGUCACCCCUGCCUCCAUCACACCACCAUACUGGGAAACCCGCUCCAGGGUGGGUGUGAUGAGUGCAAUGUAUGGGUUGCGUGGGAUGCCUGUCCUGGAGAUGGGUGUAGUGGAGGAGAGCCAGGUGGACAGUGAUAUGUAUGUUUAUCCACAGCGCCGCUCCUGGUGUGUCAGUGUAAGGAACUGCACCAGACACUCGGGGAGUAUCUGUACCGGGGUGUGGCAGGAAGGGGAGGAGGGGAAGUGUUACAGAAACACAAUGUCUGCCACACCCGGCACACAGGCCACCCUCCACUAUGGAGUUGUGCUGGAUGUUGGGAGGGGUAGACUCGCCUUUAUCGACCUGGUCAGGCAGGUUGUUUUAGCAAAGGCUAAUGUAGAGUUUCGUGAGGCUCUUCUCCCUGUGUUUGGUGUUGGUUUGCCAUUUGCCUUCACAGUAAACAUGAAGUUGAUCUGCGGGGAGCAGAUCGUCAUGACUGACACAAAAAGAUCACUCAUUAAUGAAGCCCUGGCCUUAGGCAUGAACUGAACAUGGCACUGUGUAAACUUGUAAAUGUGACAUAUCUACUCAAACUGUCAAAUACAACACAACACUAGUGAAGAGGAGGACGUAGAAGUAGCCUGUUCAUGUGUUGUUUGUUGUGUACAACCAUGUAACAAGGUUAGCUAAG